AACUUUUAUAUAUCUUAAUUCCCCUGUUUCAGUUCCUCUGUUUCGGGUCAACUUUUUGAGUAGGAGGGGAAAGAAUGGCAGACGUUGUCUCGGGGGAGAGUCUGGUGCCAGAAAACAUUCCAGGGACUACCGUGGACUUGUUGACCCAAUUUGGGAUGUUGUGGGAGCUCGUAAAGGCGCCAUUGAUGGUCCCAUUGCUUCAACUAGCAGUGUAUAUAUGUUUAGCAAUGACUGUAAUGCUAUUUAUGGAAAGGCUUUACAUGGGUGUUAUUAUUAUUCUUAUCAAACUCUUUUGGAAGAAGCCUGAUCAACGAUAUAAAUGGCAACCCAUUCGCGAAGAUAUGGAAAUUGGGAAUUCGGCAUUUCCCAUGAUUCUUAUUCAAGUACCAAUGUUUAAUGAAAAAGAGGUGUACAAGAUUUCGAUAGGUGCAGCAUGUAAUCUUUCAUGGCCAGCGGAUCGUCUAGUGAUUCAAGUUCUUGAUGAUUCUACUGAUCACACCAUUAAGGAAAUGAUUGAGAAAGAAUGCCAACGAUGGGCUAGCAAAGGAGUAAACAUAUGGUACCAAAUAAGGUCAAGCCGGGGCGGUUACAAAGCUGGUGCACUCAAAGAAGGAUUGACUCAUGAUUAUGUCAAAGAGUGUAAAUAUGUCACCAUCUUUGAUGCAGAUUUCCGGCCUGAACCUGAUUUUCUCCAACGAGCUAUCCCCUUCCUUGAGUUCAAUCCUAAAAUUGCCUUGGUUCAAGCUCGAUGGCGGUUUGUGAAUUCUGAUGAAUGUUUAUUGACAAGAAUGCAAGAAAUGUCACUAGAUUACCAUUUCACAGUGGAACAAGAGGUGGGAUCAGCCACUCAUGCAUUUUUCGGCUUUAACGGAACCGGUGGUGUGUGGAGGAUUGACGCCAUCAAUGAGGCUGGUGGGUGGAAAGACCGUACCACGGUCGAGGACAUGGAUCUUGCGGUCCGAGCUAGUCUCAAGGGGUGGAAAUUUCUCUAUCUUGGCGACCUUCAGGUCAAAAGUGAACUUCCUAGCACAUUUAAAGCGUUCCGUUACCAACAACAUAGGUGGUCUUGUGGUCCGGCAAAUUUGUUCAGAAAAAUGGUCCUCGAGAUCAUUAGAACUAAGAGAGUGACCUUAUGGAAGAAGGUGUAUGUGAUUUAUAGUUUUUUCUUCGUGCGGAAAAUAAUAGCUCAUAUGGUCACAUUUUUCUUCUUUUGUGUUGUUCUCCCAAUCUCGAUUUUGGUCCCAGAAGUUGAUGUCCCGACAUGGGGAGCCAUUUACAUUCCUUGUAUCAUUACAACAUUGAAUUCAGUCGGGACACCAAGAUCGUUCCAUCUAUUGUUUUACUGGAUUCUUUUUGAGAACGUAAUGUCAUUGCAUCGGACCAAGGCCACACUUAUUGGUCUACUUGACGCAAAGAGAUCCAACGAAUGGGUUGUCACUGAAAAGCUUGGAGAUUCAGUCAAGAACAAGAAAUCAAACCCGAAACCUAAACUAGCACUCACAUUUAAAGCAUUCAAAUUUAAUUUAGGAAACAGGCUUCAUCUUACUGAAUUGGGAUUUGCGGCCUUCUUGUUCUUCGUUGGAUGCUAUGAUGUAAUGUAUGGAAAGCAACAAUAUUUCAUAUACAUAUUCCUCCAAGUGAUAACAUUCUUGAUCGUCGGAGUGGGUUAUGUGGGAACUGUUGUCCCAAAUUCCUAAAGGAAACAUGGAUUAUGUAAAAGGAUUCACAGCUAAAUCGUUCUGCUUUUUUCUCUCUCCUCAAUCUGUACCAAUCCAGAGUACAUACGACGUUUAUUGACCCAUUUGACCUCGCACGAAAAAGAAAUAGAGAAAGAUGUCGAGACUUUGCUUCUUGUAAACUAAUUCGUUUGUAACAAAACAAGCAUGGGCCAGUGUAGUUUAAAGUUAAAAGAAAAUUGUUUGAGCAAGAACUAAGAAAUAUAAGCAUCCGUAGACAGUGAUGUUUUCUUUGAUUCUAAUCGCAUGUAAUUUUCUUUAUUGAAUAGUGCAUUAGAGUUUAUUGAGAGGAAAAUAAUUUGAUGGCAAUGCAACUGUAUGGAGAAGUCCUUUUGCUUA